AUAUACUUCUACUUUAAUAUACUGUGCAAGAAAUAAAUAAACAAAUUUGUCACCUGACUUGGCUUGCAGUGAGCUGCUGGACUUUUCAAAUUACUAAAAACCUUAUUGGGUGUUUCAAAUUAUAAAAUAUUGAAAAUAUUCAAAGCAAUCAUGUCUUCUCUGACUGAAGUUUCAUGUUCGAAAAGUUUUGGAGGCUACCAAAAAGUUUUUCGUCAUUAUAGUCAAGAACUUAAAUGCGAAUUGAACUUCGCUAUCUAUCUUCCCCCUCAAGCCAGUGAAAAGAAAUGUCCUGUUUUAUAUUUCUUAUCAGGACUAACCUGUACGGAACAAAAUUUUAUGAUUAAGUCUGGCUUUCAGACGCAUGCUGCAAAGUAUGGUAUCAUAGUAGUUGGACCAGAUACCAGCCCUCGAGGCUGUAAUAUUGAGGGUGAAGAUAAUGAUUAUGAUUUUGGUACUGGAGCAGGAUUUUAUGUUGAUGCUACCGAAGAAAAAUUUAAAACUAACUACCGAAUGUAUUCAUAUGUUACUAAAGAGCUUCCAACCAUAAUUGAAAAAGAAUUUCCAACUACUGGAAAAAUUUCAAUUUCUGGACACAGUAUGGGAGGUCAUGGAGCUUUGACUAUUGCCUUGAAAAAUCCAGAAAAAUUUAAAAGUGUUUCUGCCUUUUCUCCAAUUUCCAAUCCUUCUGAAGGCCCUUGGGGUAUAAAAGCUCUUACAGGCUAUCUUGGACCAGACAAAUCUAACUGGGCUCAGUAUGAUGCAACUUUGUUGGCAAAAUCGUACAGUGGGCCAGAAAUACAAAUUUUAAUUGAUCAGGGUUCUGAAGAUACUUAUUUAAAAGAAGAGUUAAAGCCUCAAAAUUUCAUGGCUGCAGUUGAAGGGACUUCAAUAAAAGCAAAAUUGCGUAUGCAAGAGGGUUAUGAUCACAGCUAUUUCUUUGUGGGAACUUUUCUUGAAGAUCAUUUUCAAUAUCAUGCUAAAUAUUUACACUAAUGAAGAGAAUCUUAAUUAUUUCAAGUGCAACAAAUUAAGAUCAGAUUAGCAAUUUUAUAAAAUAAAUAUAUUUUUAUAUAAAA